AUGUCAUCUGGAUUGGCAAGACGUAGAGGGGCUGGCAAAAAAAACAUAGGUGAAGACGGCGAGGACGGCAAUGGUAAGGACAUCAUCAACACAGGCAGCUUGAAUGGCAGCAACAAUGAUAAGACGAAUUCGGUGCCGACUGUCGAAAGAACACCUCCAUACUUGACAAUGCUCGAGGAGGUGUUGCUUGUUGGGUUGAAGGACAAGGAAGGAUACCUAUCGUUUUGGAACGACAACAUAUCAUAUGCUCUCAGAGGGUUGAUUUUGGUGGAGCUAACAUUAAGGAAUCGAAUCAGAAUGAUCAAUGAUCCAGCCAGGAAACGGUUUGAGUUGCCCGACAGAUUAGUCGAGGUUGUUGACACGACGUUGACGGGGGAGACCAUUUUGGACGAAGCCUUAAAACUGAUGAAGAACGAGGAGGAACAUCUCAGCGUUUUGAACUGGAUCGAUUUGCUCAGUGGAGAAACUUGGAAUUUAAUGAAGAUCAGCUACCAAUUGAAACAGGUCAGGGAGAGGUUGGCAAAAGGCCUAGUAGACAAGGGAGUCUUGAGGACCGAGCACAAGAAUUUCUUGCUCUUUGACAUGGCCACACAUCCAAUCAACGACCCAUUACCGAAGAAGAAGAUCACCGCCAAGAUACUGAACCUCUUGACCAGUAGAAAUGUGGUUCUAGAGCAUGAUGACAAGUAUUAUCCUUCCACUCUGGAUUGGCAGUAUUUGAGGAGCGUUGUAUUAGUCUGCGGGUGUUCUGCAGCAAAUGUUUUAGAAAACGUUUUGGUUGAUGUCAAUUUUGAUACCAGGGACAAUGGGUUCCUUAGGGCGGAAGAAUUGUUGGAAAACUUCGGAGACUACCCUUUUGUUGACAAGAGUAAGCUGAAUUUAGGUACCAAUUUACAGAGUGAGAUCGACAAAGAAGUUGACCAACACCCUGGGUUUGAGAUGAAUUUGGAAAUUGUUGCUGCUGUUGUUAAUGUUUUCAGCAAAAUGGAUUCGGUUCUUUGA